AUGAGCACGAAAACAGUUCUCAUUACAGGAUGCAGGGACGGCAGCGCAGGUUCAGCCCUGGCUCUUGAAUUCCACUCCCGCGGGCAUCACGUCUUUGCCACAACGACGGACGGCUCGAGAAUGAGUUCCUUAGAAGCCCGUCAAAAUAUCACCAUUCUGGGACUCGAUGUCACGUCGCAAGCUUCCAUAGACGCCGCUUUCUUAGAAGUCCGUGACGCCAUCGCUGCAGAGAGCGACGGCAAGGCACCGCAUCUUGAUAUACUAAUCAACAAUGCGGCUAUUUUCAAGGCCAUGCCACUGGCCGAUGUCAAUUUGGAGGACGGUCGCAAGAUUUUCGAGGCCAACUUCUUUGGUGUCUUGGCUGUCACACAGGCGUUUCUGCCUCUACUUCAAUCAACAUCCACCGGAGAGCGAGGAGAAGGGCAUGUUAUCAAUGUGAGCAGCAUAGCGGCAACGAUGUGUCCGCCCUGGCAAGGCAUGUAUGCCUCAAGCAAAGCAGCGCUGCUAGCGAUGAGCCACGUUAUGCGGGUAGAAUUUGCACCAUUGGGCAUUUCCGUCACUGUUGUCAUGUCUGGCGGGGUGGAAACAACUGGAAUUAGAGAGAGCCAUCAACAAAACGAAAAAUUACCAGAGGGCAGUCUCUACAGUGUUCUUGCGCAGUCAAUUGAGACGAACGAGCGUGGGAGGAGCUUCAAAGGAACAAAUGCCACAGAUUAUGCCAAGCAGGUGGUCGGCGAGAUUUUGUCGAAGAGAACGAAGCCCAUGAUCUGGGGAGGCGCAUUUUCAUGGGUUGCGUGGGUGUUGAGCUGGUUUGGAUGGGUGGGAAUGAUGGAUAAGGGGCAAAUUGAUGGGCAUGGCCUAAACAAGCUAUGUGAUUCGACAAUAUAG